AUGACAAGCUACCUGAGUUCAAUUGAGCCUCUGAAUGGCACCAACUACCCCAACUGGUACAAUCAGGUGCAGGUGGCCAUUGCUAUGUGCGAGUAUGACCUCGCGUUACGUGAAGACAAGCCAGUAGAGCCCACUGGAGGAAAUGUUGAUCGUACUUCCAUUGAAAAGUGGGAGAGAUGUGACGGGAUGGCCAACAUGAUCAUUAAGCAGAUGAUGUUAGCGGCCAUUCAUGGUGUUAUUCCUGAUAAGGAUCGGGCUGGUAAGGAGCUGACCGCCAAGGCUUAUCUUGCCAAGGUGCAAGAGAACUUCAAGAGCUCCUCCAAGACUUAUGCUAGCACCCUCAUCAUGAAGAUGCUGACUCCACAGUAUAAUGGACAAAGUGGAAUCAGGGAGCAUAUUAUGAGUAUGUGUGACAUGGAAAACAAGCUCAAGACACUGGAUAUGUCCAUCUCUGAUGGUUUUCUGGUGCAUUUCAUUAUGACUUCACUGCCUCCACAGUAUAGUCCCUUCAAGAUAAGUUACAACACUUAG